AAAGAAAGUCUGUUUACGCGCCUAUACAUGAUAAUUUGCGCAUGCGCGUAUAUUAUUUUGGUUACCACAACAAACUUGACGAAGUUGGAUCUGUAUAUUUCCGCAAUUUCAGUGAUAAAAUACAGAAUAUAAACUAUAGAAUACUAGUUUGAGGGUUGAAAUAGUGGCAUAUAACUGAGGAUAUGGAAGGAGAACAGGAAGGAAAGAAAGACGAGAAGGAAACCGACUACAGAAGACUGCAAAGUUAUCCACUCAUUCGGCAUUCAGAUAUGAAUGAAGAAAUGAGGACAGAAGCUAUGGAGUUAUGUGUCACAGCCUGUGAAAAGUUUUCUUCAAACAAUGAGACGGCAGCUAAGAUGAUCAAAGAUGCAAUGGACAAGAAGUUUGGUUCAUCCUGGCAUGCGAUCGUUGGUGAGGGCUAUGGCUUUGAGAUUACCCAUGAGGUCAAGAAUCUGCUCUAUAUGUUCUUUGGUGGUAAUAUAGCAGUCACAGUGUGGAAGUGCUCAUAGUCCCAGGUCUAAUGAUUACGUAUUAUCAUCCCCAAAGAGAAGUCUUAGAAAUAUGGUUACAUCAACUUGUUCACAUUUGUUGAUAAUUUAUGUACAAUGUAGAACUAUUACAAAGUUGAACUCCAACAUAUAUUUCAUGGCGAAUCUCAACCAAGAAAUUACAAGUUGUUACAUUAUUCCAUGUUACAUCAAACAUUACCUUUUCAAAAAUGUAAUUUCAUGUCUUUUGCAUUGGAAGAUACAUGUAGAUCUCUUUCCCUCAGGGUUGUGGGUGGUGAGGGGUCACUGAAGGCUUAUUAAUAAGUAACAUGUUAAGUCGUGUCAUGCAGCAUUCAUUUUGUAAUUCUAUGAGAAAGGUUAACAUCAAAACAACAAAAUGGGAUUUGUUGCUCUUUAUUUCAACUUGUUUGUUUCAAGAUAGAUUUCUACAUUGUAAUUAAAGAUUUCUUUAAGAAAACCUGUUGAUAGUACUUGUAAUUCAGUCUGUGUAUAUAUUCAUGUAUAUAUAUUUUGCAAAAUUAAUUUGUAUUUAUUAUGCUGCUGUAUAUAUUUUUCCUAGACACUCAAAAAUUGUUUUGCCUUUUAUGAAUUUUAGACAGAUUUGGAGUACAUGAAAACAAAACAAAACAACUGUGUCUACCAUUAUUAUUUGUAUCAAUGCAGCCUGUAACAUAAAGAGAUAUGUUUGAUAUUUACAAUUGUAAAAAUUUUGUAACUUUUUGCACAUGGUUUGCCAUAUAUUUACAGUUACACUUAAUUGAACAAUGGUAUGUGAUAAUGAGAGAUUUCAUUUGAGAGUAUUCAAGCAACAUUACUGCUACUUUUCAGUAUUCAGAGAAGAGUCCAUUUACUUAGUAAUCUACAAAACUGGUGUAUUGUAUACACAUAUUCUUACACAAUUCUCUUAUUAAACAAGCAUGUGUAUUCAUUAAAGGCCCAGUCCAUUCCAAAAACAAGUUGGAUUUGACCCUUUUGUUGAUUCAAUUGAUGGGAAUAAAUCAUAUAACGUUUCCUGGCAUUGCUGUACAUGUACUUAUAUAUGGUGAGGUAUUUAAACAAUUUUUUUUCAAAUCGUUUUACUGUACAUAAAGUUACCUACAGACAUUUUUACCAUCGUGUAAAGCUAUUUGGAAUUAUGAAUUAUAGGCAUUUUGCUUUUAUAUUUAUGAAUGGUCAUAUUCAGAAGCGGACGUGUUUGAGAUUACAUGUGUAAUUCCUUGUAUUGUUCAAAUAGUUAAAAAGAAAAAAGAAGUAAUAAAGAAAGUAGAACAAGUACAUGUAAGAAGACAUGUUGUAUGCAGGGAUGCCCCGUAUGGGUACACAGCUUUUAUAAGGUCAAGAAUAAUCUACUUUGUGCCUUAAAUUGGCAACAAUCAUCAAUAUUCAUACUACAUGAUGGCAAAAUAAGAUAUAUGAGUCCAAUUUUUUGUGUUUUGGGGGUUGUUUUGUUGCAAAAAUUAUGACUCUUCCAUAUUCCUCUAGGUUUGAUAUAUGAUGGUCACAUUACUCCCAUGUCAGUAGGUUAUUCAUAAGAUGUACAUCUAACUUGAUUUCAUUGGCUGCUUAGUGCUUUAUGAUUGAUGGUAGAUGGGCAUGUUCUGAUCGCAGGAAGCUAACAAGUUUCAUUCCCUUAUCUACAAUUCAUAGCAUGUACACAUUUAUGUAAGUGCAUUAAGGCAUUCCAAUAUGAUAUGUACAACAUAUGACUCAUUGUUUUUCAUACUCAGAGUAUUCUGUUUAUAAUGAUUUUAUACGCCAUUGUUGUAUGGUGCAUGUACAUUCUAUGGUAUUUCUGGACCAGCGUCAAAGAAAACAAAAGGGUGUCAGUAAUUGUAAAA